GGAGAGAGGUGUUCAGAGACCGUCAGGAGGAUCUUCAGGAAAGCCCUGUUCUACACCACUUAUGUCUUCUUCUCGUUCCUGCACGGUGAGUCGAGGGCUUGGUGAUCGGUGGGACCAAGUCAAUCCCGCCGAUCUCGUGAAAGGACCAUUGGAAUGCUACAGAAGGUCGUGGAGAUUUCUUCACUUCGCUUCAGGGAUCGAACUACACGGAUUCGAGAAUCUGCCGGAGGACCAGGGUGCCUUCGUGGUUGUCUUUCAUGGGCCCGUCAUCCCCACCGACAUAUUAUUUUUAGCGGCUAACGUCAAUCUGAAAAAAGGACGUUUGCUCCGCGGCUGCGUGGACAGAAAUUUGCAUAGCGUGCGCUUCUUCAAACGAUCCCUCGAGCUGCUGGGCUGGAACAGUGACCAAGAGGAGGUCAAAAAAUCUCUUAGAGACGGCAAUUGGACUUGUGUGGCCCCAGGAGGCGCUUAUGAGAGCAUGUUCAGCAAGAAUUACAAGGUGGAAUGGCAAUCACGUUGCGGUUUCGCGAGAGUAGCCAAAGAGACAGGAGUCCCGAUCGUCCCGAUGUUCACAGCGAACAUUCAACAUUCGAUGCCCCUUUACGAGUUUAAUAAAUCAGAAACCGUUAAGAAAUGGUACGCUGCCACGAGAAUUCCGCUCAGCAUACCCAUGGCAUACUUCCCUGUGAAACUGCGAACGUAUUUGGGCAAGCCACUGUACUGCGAACCCGAUGAGGAGCCGGAGAGUUUCGCACUGAGGUGUAAGAAGGCCAUCGAGGACUUACGGGACGAGCACCAACCACCACAGCAAACCUUUUGGAGUGCAGUUCGCGAAAGAUUUUCAUAGCCCUUGGCAGCUACUUGUCAAGACUAAAAUAAAGACUCGCAUCUGGAGCCGGAUGCCUA